AUGGCGCUUCCCCCGGCCGCCGAGGCGGCUGCACUGAGCCCUCCGGAGCCCCCCGCCGCGGGCGCCCGCGAGCCGCCCGGGCCGCCGGACGCCGAGGAGCCCCUGGCCAUGCAGCGCCUAGCGGAGUUGAGGCCGGAGCCCGGCGGGGUCCCCCUGCACUCCCCCUGGACCUUCUGGCUGGACAGGUCACUCCCUGGUACCACAGCAGCUGAAUGUGCAUCAAACUUGAAGAAAAUAUACACAGUGCAAACGGUGCAGAUAUUCUGGAGUGUGUACAAUAAUAUUCCUCCUGUGACUAACCUGCCUCUAAGAUGUAGUUAUCAUUUAAUGAGGGGAGAGAGACGACCUCUCUGGGAAGAAGAAAGCAACGCAAAGGGUGGCGUGUGGAAAAUGAAAGUCCCCAAGGAAAGCACGCCCACAGUUUGGAAAGAGUUGUUAUUAGCAACUAUCGGGGAACAGUUUACAGAUUGUUCUACAGCAGAUGAUGAUGUAAUAGGGGUUAGUGUGAGUGUUCGUGAUCGAGAAGAUGUUGUUCAAGUCUGGAAUGUGAAUGCCUCUUUAGCAAGUGAAGCAACAGUCUUAGAAAAGAUCUACGAACUCUUGCCACACAUAUCUUUCAAAGCAGUAUUUUACAAACCCCAUGAAGAGCAUCAUGCUUUUGAAGGUGGACGUGGAAAACAUUAAUUGCACUCUGUACAGAAUUCUUUGUCCUUUGCUGAUUGGUUUUGGACAUGAUUUAAGCAGGAGGGAAAGUGGAGAGAAGACUUGCUGAAGCAAGGUGCUGGACAUUUUAGAUGUGUUUUUCAUCCUCGCAGAUUGGGCAAUUAGUACUCCAAGUUGCUGGUGGCAGAGGACUUGUGUUGACUUCUAACGUGAUAUUACUUGCUUUGGGUCUUCUAAAUUCUUUCUCUGUUCUUUUCAUUCUUGUUGUUUUUUCCCCCUCAUCCUCUUAUUUUCGCUUAAUCUAAUUAUUGUGUUACAUAGACCUGUCUCCUUGAGGUACAAGGUUCUGGUUUCUCUUGAAAGGGCAAAUAGGCACAGCCCUGACAAUGCUGCUCUUCCCGAUCAUGUUGUCCAGAGAGGAGACUGACUUGGGGAACCAGGCAUUUUAAUUAUUUGUCAUGAAACAUUCCUAUUAAUCAAGCUUUUGCUCAUUGUCUUUGUUUCAGGAGAAAGGGAAACUGUACUGCAUGUUUCUAACAUACAAAGUGGUCUGAUUUUGCACUGAUGAGUACAUGCAUAGGUUGGGCUGAGGGUUCGGGGUUGGGGUUUUUUUGUUUGUUUUUACACAAAAGGUAAGAUCAAGAAAUUAUUUUUGGUGAAUACCAUGAGCACAUUUUCAUAUUGAUCCACUCUGGAAAUAUUUUUAACCAGAAGUUCACUUUGGUUUUGUGAAAGCAUUACUUAAAAGUGGAAGAGGAGGCUUUCACUUCAGAGGAAACCUGAUGCUUCUUAUUUAAAAGGGAGGUGAUAACGUAAUUGCUUAGAAUUAAGUUUGCUGCCUUCUGAAUUUGGGGUAUAUGUACCUACUUAAGGUUUUUCAAAUCAAUCCUAAUGCAUUUUGCUAAAUGGAUUCUCAUUUCUAGCUUGUCUUCUGUGUAUUUUCACAUUAUUGACAGUACUCAAAGGGAGGCAGUUUUUUCCUCUUUUCAUUUAAGAGCAGGAAGUUAAUUCUCAUUUGCAGUGUGAAUAUUUACGAAGUUGAACUCUGAGUGCAUUUUGUCCAUAUUAAUUAUUGGAAUUGUUGAUAUAUUUUAUUAUACUACCAAAGAACUAUUGAUUUUAGCUGUUUUGUUGUUUUUUUUUUUUGUUUUGGGUUUUUUUUUUAAUUUUUUAAAUAAGAAACUGCAGAGUAGAAGCAAAUAUUCAUCUCCCUUUCCCCCACUGAAUGAGAUUAGUGUUUUCACUUGGGAAUUGUUCAUAUUGCACUGAUAUCCAUGUCUUUAUUCUAGGAAGUCUCUGCCUACACCUACCUGGAAAAAGCACAAAAAUUUUGGUGUGCUUUUUUUUUAAAGUUGUUUCUUUUUGUUGCUUUAUUUCAGAACUGUUAGCAAGUAACACAAGGUUAUAAAUCUUGUGACAGGGCAAUGUGUUUAACACCAUUGUUUUGCCCGGUAUUUCUAACUCCUCUUUGCAAAGUUGAACAGCAAAGAUAUGACUUAAGAUAGUUAUCAGAAAUAUAUGUUUAUAAAUAAAUGAAAUUUUCCAUUUAACAUUUUUAGAAUUCCAGCUGUAUUUAUAAAUAAUAAA